AUGGCGCCUCAGCUCGCAUGGAUAGGUCUAGGGAAUAUGGGUCGGGGUAUGUGUAAAAACUUGGUAGAGAAGGGAAACCUAUCGCAGCCUCUCCUUAUCUACAAUCGGACGACCAAAAGGGCGGAAGACCUUUCCUCGAAGAUCGGGCGCUCGACCGUAAUGACAUCCAUCCCGGGACUAGUCCAGAAAGCCGAUAUCAUCUUUUACUGCCUAGGAGAUGACCCUGCAGUGCUGGGCAUGGUCGACGAAAUCCUGGUCAACGAUGUCUCUGGCAAGAUCCUUGUUGACUGCUCUACAGUCCACCCCGAGACCACACAGCAGCAGGCGGAGAAGAUCGAAGCAAAAAGCGCUCAAUUUGUUGCUUGCCCGGUUUUUGGAGCGCCGGCGAUGGCAGACUCUGGCCAACUUGUUUGUGUGCUCGCCGGUAAGUCAUCGGCGGUCGACAAAAUCAAGCCGUAUUGCGAAGGCGUGAUGGGGAGGGCCAUUAUCGAUUUUGCCGGCCAGGAAGCCUCCAAAGCUACGUUGCUGAAGGUCCUUGGAAACACUUUCAUUGCGAGCAUGGUAGAGACGCUAUCCGAGGGCCACGUCGUAGCCGAGAAGUCUGGUUUAGGGACGCAACAGCUGCAUCAGUUCAUCGAGGCAAUGUUCCCGGGUCCCUACACCGCUUACAGUAACAGGAUGCUAAGCGGAGACUAUUAUAAACGAGAAGAGCCGCUGUUCGCCGUGGAUCUGGCCAGGAAGGAUGCCAGACAUGCUCAAAAAAUCGCCAAUGAUGCAGGUGUGACAAUGAAAAACGUACAGAUCGCAGAUGGGUUACUUCAAGGUGUGAAGGAGCACAUGGGAACGAAGGGCGAUAUCGCUGGCAUGUACGGCGCGAAGCGAAAAGAGAGCGGCUUGCCUUUUGAGAACUGA